UGGAGUUAUUGUGGACCAUGGUGUUGCCAUAAACAUAGUCUACAAAUCCUCCAUAGCCUAUUGUACUUUGUGAAAGAAAGCUUAUAAUGGAGGAAAUUGCAUUAAACAAAUGAUGCGCACCAAACAAAGUACUUCCUAGAAUCACCGCUUCUUCUCACACAAAGUCCACGCAACGGCUACUCCUUUUUCUCUCUCCUCUGCUACAUUUUUGCAAAAACCCCAAAAAAAUCAGAAAUUUUUCUAUCUGAAAUCACAUUUGUGAGAGUAAGAAGAAAUAAAAAAUGAAUCUUUUUAGGUUAGCGGGUGAUAUGACCCAUCUCCUUAGUAUCAUUUUCCUCCUUUUGAAGAUCCAUGCUACAAAGUCUUGUUCUGGGAUAUCUUUGAAAACGCAGGAAUUAUACGUUAUCGUUUUCUUGACUCGGUACUUGGAUCUCUUUACUAGAUAUGUCUCGUUAUAUAACACUGUAAUGAAGGUAGUCUUUAUUGGAACAUCAUUCACCAUCGUUUGGUACAUGAGGUACCAUAAAGUAGUUAAACAAACAUACAGCAAGAAUGAAGAUACUUUCCGGCAUUACUUUUUGAUGCUGCCAUGUUUUGUGUUGGCUCUUCUAUUUCACCAUGAAUUCACUAUGAUGGAUAUUCUUUGGACCUUUUCAUUGUACUUGGAAGCAGUUGCCAUCUUGCCUCAACUGGUAUUGUUGCAGCAAUCAAGAAACAUUGAUAACUUGACUGGGAAUUAUGUGUUCCUCCUUGGUGCAUAUCGUGCUCUUUAUGUCGUGAAUUGGAUAUAUCGAUACUUUUUGCAAGAUCACAGGGCACGCUGGAUUCUUUGGAUAUCAGGUCUGGUUCAGACAGCCCUUUAUGCUGAUUUCUUUUAUUAUUACAUACUCAGUUGGAAGAACCAUGAGAAGCUCAAACUUCCUGCUUAAUUUAGGCAUAGAGUGCGGUUCAGCCCUAUACAUGAUUUAGAAAGUUAAUUUUGUUCCAGUGACAACUGAAACACUACGUACUCGAAACAAACAAAAAAAAAAGUUCUAUAAAAAAGGAACAGCAUAUAUACUAUUGUCGAAAUGUUGGCAUAGUUGAUUUGUGCCUCUUCUAACUCAGCAGAUAAAUUACCGUUUCUAGUUCAAUGUGCAGAAGAGUAGCACCAUGACAAGGCGUCAUAUCUUAGUUUGGAUUUUCUUCUGUUUUUGUUUGUUGUGGAGCGUCUCUGAUACUGUACAAGAAUUUCUAAUGUUCAUACACACAGUACAGGCCAGGUCUAUUAUACCUUCCGUAAUGACGAAGCACGAGUCUGUAUGGUCACAGUUCACAUGGUUACUCUGUAUGUUUUUGUUUGAGACGCAAUAUCUAUUGCUAGACAUUUGGUCACA